AUGCUGACAGUGAGCAACGUUUGUGAGACAGGCGAGCAGCGUCAGGCGCCGCUGCUGACACUGGAUGAUGCUGACAGUGAGCAACGUUUGUGGACAGGCGAGCAGCGUCAGGCGCCGCUGCUGACACUGGAUGCUGCUGACAGGCAGGUUGGAGGUGGUGGGAGCUACGCAGAACUACCCUUAGAUGCUGAUGCUUUCCGGCGCCUUGAGAGUGUCCUUGAAAGUGAGGAAGCUCGAGAGAUACUUGGUGAACCACUUCUUAACAUGGUCACCAAUCCAGAACAGCUGGGCACUCUUGAAGAGCUAAUGGACUCCUCCUUAUUUGAAGGAGAACCUGAAGAUGCUCCUCUCGCUGGAAAUAACAUUUAUACACCAAGUGGUGGAACUCCUCUGAAAACCCCACCAAAGCGAAGAUCACAGAGACAAAUGGAUAAAGCAGAAAGAGAAGAGGUAGAGAAAAUUUUGGCUGAGAAUCAGAAAAAAUUGCAAGAGGAGAGACAACAGCUGGAUGAAAACCAAUUAUUAACAAAAAUGAAAAAAGUCUCUGUGGGCUUAAUUAGUAAAGGGGUAAAGGAAGAAGAAGACCAAGAAUCAGAUGAGACUGCUGCUGAGGACCUAGAAGAAAAAUGUACAGUGUCUGAAAAUGAAAAUGAAAAAGACCAUCCUUCAGCACUGAAGGCAAAAAAUAAAGGACGUAGCCGAGGAAGGGGCAGAGGGAAAGUUGAGGCAGAAAAGGAUGAUCCACAAGAGAUGAAAGGCAAACAGAGAGGUAGGAAGAAUAUAGAAGAUCCAGAACACAUGGCAGCAGAAGGAAGGGGACGAGGAAUUAUGAAGGAGGAUACAGCCAUUGUUAAAGGAAGAGGAAGAGGAAGAGUUCGAACAGUUAUUUGUAAGGAGGGCAACAAAGAUGUGAUAAAGAAUAUGGAAAUAAAAAAAGAUAAGAAUAACCCACAUUGUUUAGCAUCAACAGGUAUCAAGAUAAAAGAGCUGAAAGUUAGUGUUAAGAAAAUGAAUUUGGAGCAAACAUUGGACAUCAAGGUGUCUUCCCCAGGUAAUGAAGAGGAUUCAACAGUAAAUAAGGAGCAGUGCACAACAAAUUCUAUUGUGAGUGAAACUGAGAAUGUUAAAUUAGAAGAAACACAAGUAAAUCAGGAGCCAGAAACACCAGUUGAUGUUUCCAAGAAGAAGAACAAGAAACCACCAGUAACACCAAAAAUAAUACCCCAGUUUGAGCCAGCCUUAUUUUCAACACCAGAUGUCAUGCUUAAAGUUGGUGAGGUUCAUCCACCUCAAACUAUAAUGGUGAAGGGAAAUGGUAAACCAGUUAAAUCUCGAAAGAUUCUACUUGUUGAGAAACAAAUAAAAAAAGAAACUGGACAGACAACUGUAAUUAGUAAAGAGAAUGAACAGAAUAGUGCAAAAAAACAAGAAUGUGAAGAAAGCAGACAGGCUGUUGUACAUGAAAAAAAUGAAAAACUAAACUCUAGCACUAAAGUUAUUGAUAAAAAUAAACUAAAGAGUGAUGCUACAGGCACAGAAGAAAAUGAUAUUUCAAAGAAAUCAGAGGCAGACUCAAAAGAUGGGAAUCAGCAAAUUUCUAGUAAAGAAAUUUGUGAGGAACCAUUUCCUGAUGUCAAGGUCAGCAGUUUUGUAGAAAAAAGGGAACUUAGUUCUGAAAUAAAGCCAAAAGUCAUUCAGGUGAAAAGCCCUAUGGAUGUUCGACAAGUUGUUGUUUUAAACUCUGCUAAAGCCGGAAUGUAUCGGGAGACAUUAGUGAAAGUUAUCCCGCCCAAAGAUCCACCACGGGAAGAAGAGAAAAUAUCUCCUGCAAAGCAAAGACUUUUGUUAAAGAAAGAGUUGCACUUACAAAAGCUAAAGAUUGAGCCACAGAAAACUGUAAGUGCUAACAAAACUGAAUCAGUGAAUGAGAAUACAGUCUCAUUCAAAGCAGAAAAACAUAGACAGGCUAGCAUACAAAGCAAAACUGAAAGGUUACAGUUACAGAAAGGUGGAAAUCCACUUAAGUCAUGUGAGGAAUCUUUUCUUAACAGGAAAAAAGAAGAAACACAUAGAAAGAUGGAAGAAAUACAACAGAGGAGAGAAGAAAUCUUAAGAAAACGGGAAGCUAUAAAAAAGAGGAAGGACAUUCAGAAGAAACAAAAUAUUCAACAAAAGAACAGUGAAGCACUUGAUAAGAAAGUGGACAAGGACUCUGUCAGAAAAGAUAGAGCUUCACAAAAUAAUGAACAUUUUGCAUCAAGAAACAGAGAAAUAAUAAAGAAGAAAUCAAAUAUAAUAGCAGACAAUCUAGGUAAGGUGCAAGCUACGCAUAAGCUAAACUCACCAGUGCUCAGUUCUCCUGAGAAAUCAAUACUAAGGCAGAAAAUUAAAACCAGGCAAGGUAUACACAAGAUAAACUCAACAAUGCCUAAAUCCCCUGCAGAAAAAUCCACACCGAAGAGAAAUAUUAAAGGCACAAAUACUAUACACAAGGUAAUGUCACCAGUGCCUAAAUCUUCUGCAGAGAAGUCACUAGUAAGGCAGAGUAUAAAGGGUACUGAAGCUAUUAACAAAAUAAACCCACCAUUGCCUAACAUUCAUGUGGAAGACUCGCCAUUAAGGCUGGGUACUAAGAGCACACAGUCUGUACAAAAGAUAAACUCACCAGUAUUUAAAUUUCCUACAGAGGAAUCACCGGUAAAGCAGAGCAUUACAGGUAUGCAAGCUGUACAAAAGAUGAAGUUACCAGGGUCUAACACUCCUGUAGAAGAAUUACCAGCGAGGCGGGAUACUAAGAGUAUUCAGGCUGUACAAAAGGUAAACCCACCAACUUCUAAAUCUACAGAAGAAACGAUGAGAAGGCGAAGUACUGGAGGGGCACAAACUGCACAAAAGAUAAACACACCACUGCUUAAUUUACAAGCAGAGGAAUCGCCAGUAAGGCGAAGUAACCGAGCUAUAAAGAAGAAAACAUUCGGGGAUGAGAUGUUAACAUACGAUCUCAAGGAAGACCUAGUUCAAGAUGCUGAAGAGGAACAAGAGCCAGAAGAGGAGUUCGAGAGUGAAGAUGAAGAAGAUGAAGAAUCACUCGAGGAUUAUGGUGAAGAUGAUGAUCCUGAGCGGUUGUGGUGUAUUUGUCAGAAGCCUCACAACAACCGUUUUAUGAUUUGUUGUGACAAAUGCGAGGAUUGGUUUCAUGGCUCCUGUGUUGGUGUUACCAAGGCAAUGGGUCAACAGAUGGAGGAAGAUGGGCAAGAAUGGGUUUGUCCUAAAUGUAAAAAAGCAGAGCGUGCUAUGAAGGGUUUUGUGCCACCAAGUAAAAAUUUAAUUGACUUAACACCGACUCAUGUGCCUGAGAAUUUUUCUACAGAAGAUGAGUUACCAGAUGUAUUGGUUGAGUCAUUUUCCAAAACGGUGAGCCAAAGAGGGAAUAGAUGCAUAACAGUUGAUGAUGAGACAGUGCCAAAGAAAACUGUUGAUAGAGACAAAGAGGUAGAUGUGCAACACACUAGGCAGCCAGUGACCAGGAGAUCAAAUAUUCAGCGACAGAUUCAUAUCACACCAGUAAAAUCACUCGACGGGAAGAAGGUGGAUGUCUCACGGCUAAUACCUCUGUCGCCUCAAAAAAGCACUGCAGAUGUAGGAAAUGAGCAGUGUGUGGUAGAGUCGUGCAAUAAGGCUCCAAAAGCGGACUCCAUCUACUGUAGCAACGACUGUGUUCUCAAGCAUGCACAAAUGUCCCUUAAAAUGUUGGGAAAAACUGACAAGGUAGAACAAGUACAGAAUGUGGUAGAUGCAGUAAAUGCUCUUGAAAAGAGUGAGCCUCGUGUCUUGGUGUACCAGAAGAAUACUGCAAAGAUUCUUACAGGUGGAGAAGCCCCAACACUUGGUCAGCUUAAGGAGUGGCUGAAGGAUCACCCUGACUUUGCAGCACUUCAGCCAGGGAUGAUGGGAACAUCUGGACCUGUGAUCAGUACAAAUAUUCAGCAUUCAACUACAAAUUUUUAUGGAGCUGUUCAGAACAAACCUACAUCUACAGAGAAGAAGAAACCUGAGCCAAAUGAAGUUAGAAACAACAUAAAAAAAACCCUUGCAGACUGUCUUAUUAAACGCUUUCAGGAUGCUAAAACAGAAUUUGAUAACCUGAAUGAGGACGACAUAAAAAAUCUUGCUGAAACUAUAGAAAAGGAGCUAUACAUGUUCUUUGGGAAGGAUGUAGGAUUCAAGUACAAAUCUCGCUACAGGAGCAUUCUUUUUAACACUAAAGACACGAAGAACAGUGGGCUAUUUCGUAAGAUCUUAAAUGGAACAAUUUCUCCAUCAAAUUUGGUUCGUAUGACAUCUGAAGAAUUAGCAUCCAAAGAGCUUUGUGAAUGGCGAGAGAGAGAAGAGAAGAAGGAACUUCAAGCUAUAGAAAAAUAUGAACUGGACAUGAUUGCUCUGGGUAACCAGUAUAUAAUGAAAUCACAUAAGGGAGAAAUUGAAAUAGACAAGGAUGAAUUUAUCAAAGAUAAGGAGAAAGCUCCCGAAACACUCAACUCACUUCCAGCAGACCCAGUGACAGAAGCCGUAGAGGAUACAACAUUAAGUCAUGCAAACCACAUGUAUGAUAUCAAUUGUAAGAUCUGUAUGGGAAAGCAAGACCACUCAUUUAUCCGUCAAAAUUCGAAAUCUCAAAAUGAAAAAUCUGAGGAGAAACCUAAAAAAGAUACCAAAGAUCAUAAGAGUAAAGAACCAGAGAAAGUGAAGGAGAGGAGAGACAAGAGGAGUUCUUCAGACAAGGACCGCAAGGAGAGGAGAGACUCUGCAGACAGGGAGCGACACAGACAUAAAAGCAGAGAUAGUGAUAAAGACAGAAAGUCAAAAGAUGAUAAAAACAGAGAUAAGGAAAAAGACAAGGAUAACAGGGAUAAGGAGAAAGACAAAGAUAACAAGGAUAAGGAAAGGGACAGAGACAAAGAGAGGGACAGGGAUAAGGAGAGAGAAAGGGAUAACAGGGAUAAGGAAAGAGAAAGAGAUAACAGGGAUAAGGAAAGAGAGAAAGAUAAAGCCAAAUCUAAAGAUGUUAAUAAAGAUGAGCACACUAGUGACCGAGAGAAGGACAAAAUUCGAGAUAAACACAGAAGUAGCAGGGAUGGAGAGAGAGAGCGAAGUAAGACUUGUAGUAGUAGUACUGAUAAAGAUAGGAAAGAUAAAGAAAGAAGAGUCUCUCGAGACAAAAAAGAUGAUCGGGAGAGAAGGCACAAAGAGAAACAUAAAGACAGGAGGGACUCGAAAGAUGAGAGAGACAGAAAAAGAAAAAAUAGUGACAGAAAGCGAAAAUAUAGUGAAUCUCGAGGCGAUGAUAGGAAGAGAAGAGAGAGUGAAAAAGACAGUUUAAAAAGAAAAGACAGUUGUGAUGAUGAGAAGCAAAAAGUAGAAGUGAGUACAAGUGAAGAUGUGGUGUUUGAUGUGCAGAGUCCGGGUAAACAUUUGUCUUCGCACCUUGACCUUGAUGCCAAAGAUGCUGAGCCAACAUCCACUGUAGUUGGUAGCCCAGAGGUGUUGGAGGUAAUAGACUGUGCAUCACCAUACAGAGUUGGUGGAAUGAAAUCACCAGUACUUUUUCCUGAGAAUCAGUCAAUGCCCCCACUACCACCUGACUCUCCAGGAUAUAUGCCUCCUCUACCUACUUAUGAUGGUUCAGAGUUUUCGCCCAUACCAGACACACCUACGACCACUACACUACAGUAUGAUGUGUGCACGACUCCUCCACUUCCUGAUGAGAUUCCAUCGACUCCACCCCUUCCUAGAGAGGAAGUUCCAAGUGCUCCUCCUCUCCCUGAUGGUGAAAGUCCUUCUACUCCACCUCCUCCUCUCCCAGAUGAUGAUAUUCCAUGUACUCCUCCUCCUCUUCCUGAUGAAGAUUUUCCUGACACUCCUCCUCUGCCAAUUGAGGAUGUGCCUCUUACUUCUCCACUGUUAGUGUCUGGAGGUUCUACUACACCCCCUUUACCAAGAGAAAGUAAGCCUCUUGCACCAGCACCAGCACCAGCACCAGCGUAUUCAGGAGCAGUCUUACCACAACCACCAUUGUCGUCUGAUUUCAACAAUGAAUCAGAAAGGUUAACUCCACCUCAUGUGGGUGUUCAUAAAGCAACUGUUUCCUCAGUUAAUUUGCCUGCUGUCAAUUCUGGUGAAUCAUUGAAUGUUUGGAAAGGAAUCAUACACAUGCCUGAUGUGGCCAAGUUUCAGGCAUCUGCAUUUGAGGUAUCCGGAAAAGCUGAGUUCUUGCCAGAUGAUGUCCCAAAUGCAAUUGAAGUGGUUGGUCGCAUUACACCAGAUACUGUGUGGGGCUACAUUGCACAAAUGAAGAAGAGUGGCUCUAAAGAAAUCCUUGUGGUUCGUUUUCAACCAGCAAAUGAAGAAGAGAAGGUUUCAUAUAUUGCUUUGUACUCCUACCUGUCUUCUAAGAAAAGGUAUGCUGUUAUUGGAAACUGUGAGAAGUCAGUAAAGGACUUUUAUGUUGUACCUCUUGCAUCUCAUCAACCCAUUCCACAAGUUCUUCUUCCAUUGGAUGGCCCUGGGUUUGAAGAACACCGAGCCCAUAUGUUAAUUGGUGUAAUUGUACGUGCCAAGAGCAAGCGGGUUUAUGAUCACAUCUCGGGUACCUGGAGUGUAGUAGGCGCAGGUGUAGGGUUGCCACCUCAGCCUGUGCAAAAACACUAUGAUUUACCAGAGCGGAGCUAUACGCCCCCACUCCCAACUGAUGAAGACAUUCAAGAAAUUGCAUUAGCUGCAAAGGAUUCUUAUGAUGAAAUUGAUGUCAGUGAAAAAUCUGAUUCUGCUUCAAAGAAUAGUGAAGAGAAAUCAGUUGGUUUUCUUGAUACUGGAACAUUAAAAAGACAAGCCAGAGAUGCAGGUGAAGUUAUACAACCUAAAAAGCGUCACAUUGAUUUGGUAAAUGAUUCUCCCACUGCAGGUAUUGCCUCUAUAAAUGAGGAGCCAAAUAGCCCCCCUGAAGAAACUUUCAUUGAAGCUUCACUGGAUCAAGAAUCUAUGUUGGCAGAACUUAAUCGGCAAAUUGAAGAACAUAAAAAGGAAUUGAGUGAAAUGCAAAAGACAAUAGGUAAUGAAGACGAAGAGCCAUAUAGUCCCUCUGGUUCUCAUGGUGUACCUUCCUCUGGGAGUGAACAUUUAAAACUUGAUACAUCUAAAAUCAAUAUUCCAUCCAAUUUGCAAGAGAUACUAGACAACAUUAAACAGAAAGAGGUAGAAAUUAAACAGAAAGAGCAAGAAAUUAAGAGAAGGUUAAGCUUGACAUCAGAUCCCAUUAUGAUGAAUUACAGUAAAUAUCAGGAAUUUGAGAAUAAGAAGAUUGGAGAUAGCGUUGCCACUGCAGCAAAAGGUGAUGUUGAUUUGAGGCCUUUACUCCAGAAUAAAUCUAAUAAAGAACACAAAAGUGAUACAGACUUACGCAUUUUAAAAAAUACAGACGAAAACAGUGAAAAAAUUGGAACUACAGUUGAUUCAGGUUUAAAAACUGAUGAAGACACCGAUCUCAGGAUAAGAGAUCCACGAUUAGUUCGGGCUCAAGUUGCUGCUGUCUUGGAAAGCAGCAAAACGUUAAGUAAAAUGAGUGAUGAAGAAUUACUUGCUAAAGCCUCAGAGAUGGAAGAUAAUAAAAAAAAUAGUAAACAAACUCAUUCAGAGGUAGGUGAAUCUCCAUAUCAGCCUGUUCAACCCCCUUUUAUACAACCUGGUAUAACAAGCAGUUUUAUACCACAAGGAGGCCCUGUUGUAUUACCUGAAGGCAUGGCUUGUACACUAGGACCAUCUCACCCACCUGGUAUUUCAAGUCAUUCUUCUUAUAUUGGUGUUAUGGGACCACCACCAUCCAUGGAGCUAUAUGGAGCCCAAGGAGGAAGAAUACCAGGCCCAGUAAGGCACGUGGGCCCACCUACUGGUUCCUUAGAACAUUCUGAUCCUCCAGACCAUUCAGGGCUUCAAAUACCUCCUGGUUAUCCAAAUCCCCAUGUUCCUUUAGAUCCCCAUGGCUUGCCAAGUUAUCCAGGUCCACCUGGCCCAGUAAGAGCCAGGUAUUCAGGUAGUGGGUGGGAUGGAGGAAAAAAUUAUAAUAGAAAUUGGGGUCAUCAUUAUAACAAGUCAAGAGAUAGAGAUCGAGAAUGGGAAAGAGAUAGAGACUGGCGCUCAAGAACAGGUAGAGAUACUAGACAUUCAAAAUUUUAUUAUGAAGGAAAGAAAAGACAUGAAAGAAGAAAUGAUAACCGUGAAAGGAAAAGAAAUAACCCUUACCGUGACAGGCAAGAGAAAGAAAAAGAGCAUUCUUAUGAAGAUCAUGAUUUUGACAAAGAUGGCCCAUAUCCAGAAAUUGAUUAUUAAUGUUGUGAAUAAUAAAAAAAUAUUCAACAUAUAUUUUAAAAAAUUCAUUUAAGGGUUAAAAAUAUAAUCCUUUAAAAAUUAUUUAUAGACUUUUAAACAGAAAUUAUGUGAUUUAAUGACAAAGAACAGUUUAUAAUAUUGUGUAAAUUAUGUUAUCUAUUUUGUGCAUUAACUGAGUGGCCAAUGUUGUUCUUGCUCACAUUGGGCAACUUCACAAAGGUGUAUAUAAUGCAUUUUGAAAAUGAACUUAUCUGUAGUGACUUUUUAAAAACUAAAAUCUUUUGAUUGUUCAUAGAAAAAUGGUAUAUUAUUUGCCAAAGCAUGUUACAGAUUUCUAAGAUCCAUAUGUGUUUUUACUUUUAAAGCUGCUUCACCUCAUAAAUACGUUUACAAUU